AUGUAUUUACCUCGCGUGCGUGUCAUUACGAAUUCGAAAUUUGUCUGUAAGCAUUUUGGUAAUACGUCUUUGUGCUGGAAUCUGGAUGAAUUUAUGCGACGAAAAUGGAUGUUUUUCAUGUUUUCUGCUACAGAAGCCGCAGAUUUGUACCGCUUGUUGCAUAUGAUUGAUGCAACAUUAGAAUAUAGUUCUUCUAUUGAUGAAACAGUUAAAAUAUUUUAUGAGAAUGUAUCAGGCAAAAUGCCAUUUGGGAACAUAACUGCAGGACUUUCAGCAAGUGAUAUCAGUGUAGUUGCUUCACCAGUGAAGGAUUUAACUAUUCAAAAGCAAGGAAAACCAGAAAAAGGCUCAGUUGCACAGGGACUGUCAGUAGGAUCCUCUACUACUAAUUCAAUUUCAAAAAGUACUCCUGUUGUUUAUACGUGUGGUGUUUUACAUAGCAAAGUAGUAAAUGAAAAGAAAUAUGUCGAAGCAGGCAUUGGUGUCUAUUGGCCAUACUGUCAUGAAAUGGGAACCGGCAAGCGAUAUACAUUUUAUCCGAUUACUUUAGUUCGGUGUCAGCUACAAGCUAUCAUUGAAGCUCUUCAGCAGGCUAUAGAUCAAAACUAUUCCAGCAUUAUUCUUCGCACUGACUGCACUUCGUUUCUGGUUCAUCAUUCACGUCAAUGGAUCAAAACCAAUGGCUCGUAUGUAAGAUAUCACGACCAGUAUUUAAGAAUUGUGGAUUUAUGUAAAAAUAUAAAAGUUAAAUUUCUAUCAGCAAGUGAUCGCGCUGCCAUGAGUGAAGCUGAAACACUUGCUGAAAACGGCAUAUGUUUACCUUUACCAGCCAAAAAAUCUCGCAAAUAUUCUAAUCCCAUAAAUGUGAACUUCAGUGAUAAACGCGAUGUGUAA